AUGGCUUUUAAAGAUUCCAGAAAGGCACCCGUGGAACCAGAGGCGGCUGUGCUUCACGGAAUUAGAAUUACUCUAACCAGCCCCAAGGUAAGGUCUUUGGAGAAGGUGUGUGCUGACUUGAUCAGAAGCGCAAAGGAAAAGAAUCUCAAAGUGAAAGGACAGUUGAGAUGCCUACCAAAACUCUUGAGAAUCACAAGAAAAAUUCCGUGUGAGGGCGCUAAGAUUUGGGGGUUUCAGGUGAGGAUCCCCAGGGGACUCAUAGACUUGCACAGCCCUUCUGAGAUUGUUGAGCAGAUUACUGCCAUCAGUAAUGAGCCAGGAGUCAAGGUUGAGUCACAACUGCCGAUGCUUAAAUCAACCUUUUUAAUAAUUGACUAG